AUGUCGAUACCGUCAUCAAUAUUAGAAUCAUCUAGAAUCGUAUUCGAUCAUUUAACCAGAAUGAUGUUUAAAUCAGUGUUUAUAUUUCUUCUGCUUGCUCUUUGCUUGCAUAAUACAUCAUCUACAAAUACUACAACAACACCAACACCAACUCGUAGACCAAUUAAACCAAAGGCAACAGCACCCAAACCAGUUUUGAAAUACAAUCUACAAGGAAAGUUUAAAAUAGUUCAAUUUACUGAUCUUCACUAUGGCGAAGGUGAGGAUGAAAAUACUCAAACUUAUGCAAUUCAAGAAUUAAUUAUGGAAAAAGAAAAUCCAGAUUUUUGUAUGUUUUCAGGUGAUAUGAUCAGUGGAAAUUCAAACAAUUUCGAUAAAAAUAUUAGUUUAUAUUAUUCCAUGUGGGAUAUGUUUACUGAACCUUGUUCAAAAAGAGGAAUUCCAUGGGCAAUUGUAUUUGGAAAUCAUGAUGGAUUUGGACCAUGGUCAACAUCAAGAUUAAUGGAUCUUGAAUUAUCAUAUAAUUUAUCAUUAUCUCAACGGGGACCUGCAGACAUUGAUGGAAUUUCCAAUUUUGUUUUGGAAAUCCAAGGUAGUAACUCUACACAACCAUCGUCUCUGAUGUACAUGUUUGAUAGUGAUACUACAAACUGUCAAGGUGAAGGAUGGUGGGGAUGUAUCCAUGAGAAUCAAGUAGCAUGGUACAAGAAUCAAUCGAACCAUUACAAACUUCCAGCCAUUUCAUUUGUACAUAUUCCACCAUUUGAAGCCAUUGAAUUGUGGAAUGAUCAUACUAUAUAUGGCCAGUUUAGAGAUACUGGAGUUUGUUGUUACUACACUGCCGAUAGUGGGUUUGUAUCUUCAAUGCUCGAGCAAAAAGAUAUCAAAGGAUUGUAUUUUGGACAUGAUCACGGUUGUGACUAUCACGGAGAUUAUUUUGGUAUCGAUAUUGGUUACGGAAGAAAAACUGGGUAUGGUAGUUACAACACUGAACUCCUUCACGGUGCCAGAUUGAUCCAACUCACCGAAUCACCAUACUCUAUUGAAACUUGGAUUAGAAAUGUAAAUGGUGAUAUUGAAGAUCAACCAAAACAUGAACCAAAUCGUCAACAAGCUUUACCUUUAACUUGCUGUACUACUUUAGAUAAUAAGAAUAAUAGAUUUUGGGGUAUUUAUUUAGGAUGCUUUAGUGCCAUUCUUUUUGUUGCAUUUGUUAUUCAAUGGUCUGGAGUUACCAAAUAUAUUUCAUAA